UAUGUGCAGCUCAGUAGCGGAAAUAGCUGAAACGGAACUUGCAGAAGGCUACCACAUGUAUUGUGCGAAGUGUGCAGACGUGCAAAGAUAUCAAACGAUGAGAACUGGUUUGAUUUUUAUAUCAAUCGUUUUAAUAUUAUGGCUCAUUUCAAGUGAGUGUUUUGAAAUCGACGGAAGAAUGAGUCCAGUACAAUCAAAAAAUAUAAUCAACGUGGUAAGGGCCAAAUUCAUGGCACAAGAAAAGGGAACUGUGCGAAAAUUAGGCAGAAAUGUUAAAGCUUCGCGUCAUAAAUCAAAAAAGAAUAAGAGGCAAACCAUUAUAAAAUGCUGCGGGAGAAAAACAUGCACCCUGUUUUCAUCUCAAAAGCAAAAUGAAACACGCAGGAAUCACACAUUGAAGAAUGAAGGCACUGCUCAACACCAAAGUACGGCUAGAUUUUCUUUCAAGCAGAAAUCAACAACAAUCACGUCGCAAAGCCUGGAGACUGAAAUGAACUCGGAAACGCAAAAAGCAACUGAAGGACCCCAACCAGAAGAAACCUUUGAGACCACAACAGAAACUUUUGAACAAACCAGCAACGGGGAACAAUCUUUUACAGCUUUAAGCACUGAUAUUAUUGAUAUACCUAUAUCGACUCAAGAUACACCCAGUACCACAACCACCACCGUUCCAUCCACGGCAACCUCUACAACGCAACCGCCAUGUUCCUGUCCAAAAAACUGCGAUCUACAGAAAAAUUUGACAGACCCAGAUAACCAGAUCAUAGAUCCAGAAGUUUAUGGAGAGUGGAAAAAAAUUGGCAAUAUAACAUUUCUGUUUGGAGACCAGCCUAUGGUAUGGUUGAGUGCUUGGCAACAAUGCUGCAGCCUUGGAAUGAAGCCUAUCAGCUUUGAAUCAUUUCAAAAGCUUAGUUCUGUAGGGGAGAUUUUUAAAAAUUGGUCGAAUAAUUUAAAGUUCUGGACAAGCGGAACAUCUAUGGGGUGUAUCAGUGGCACCUUUGUAUGGUGCGCAAGUGACAACCGAAAUUUCGAAAAUGGAAUGUGGCAUUCUAAGCAACCAGCCGAAAAGCAAGUUUCGGGGGACGUAUGCAUCAGCGCUUCCUUUGAAAACGGGGCAUUCCUUUUAAGGGACCAAUUGUGCUCAAAACGAUUUGCGUUUGCUUGUGAAGGCUUGAUGGAAAAUCCUGGCGAGUUUCUGCAAAACGGAUGUCCUGCCUCGGUACAUUGCGACAGCAGUGCGAAGGAACUCACCAGUAAUGGACUAACUCAAGAGCCAGGACCGAUAAGAGGAACAUUUCAAACCAAAUGUGGAAAACUUUACUAUUUCUCAAGGGUGAAAAAAACGUGGGCAAACGCAAGAAAUUACUGCUGUAGCAUAGGAAUGGAUCUGGAUAGCCUGUAUUUAAUUGAAAAGGCGCAAUGCAUAGCUGAAAUUUUCAGAAACUUGCCGACCCGAUUGAAUGAAACAACUUCUUACUGGAGUUCUGGAAGAGCAACCAAAUACCCCGGGAAACAUUUCUGGUGCUCAGCAGACUUGUACUUUUAUCAUCAUGAGAUAGUUUGGGGUUACGGAUUUCCGAAAAAGGAGCACGACUGCGUUUUCGUUUCAUUCAACAAAACCACAAAUAGUACUGAACUUGGAACAGCACCUUGCGAGGAGGAAAAGUUCUUUCUUUGCUCGGCAGUUUCAUACAAUAAUACUGACAAAUUCAAGAUAUGGUACGAAUGCAAGGAAACCUAUGGUCUUUACAAAGAUGAAGAAGAUCUCCUUUUAAUGUUCACAACAAAUAUGCCAGCUAACCAUCUGCUUUGUUAUGCGAGGUGUCUAGCCCAAAAUUUUGGAAAAUUUCUUGACAAGAUGACGAAGGGAAAAACGAUUUUGAGACUUCUUGAAGAUGCAUUGAAAAAUGAAACUGAUCUGCAAGUAGCCUAUGCUGGCUAUGAAAAGUGCACUAGCAUAAAAAAUGACAACCGUUGCGAUAUAGCCUACCUUAUGUUAAGGUGCUCUUUAACGACUAAUUACCAGAUGGUGCAGUAUUUGAUUGCGUACAUUUUGAAAACAGCGAACAACAAUAAUUAUUUUCCAUCUCCAUUGAUGUGCGAACCAAAUUAUCAAUACUGCGAUGUUAAUUACAUCUGCGCCAACAAUAGCACCCUAAUAAAUCAACUGCAUUCAACGGGAACAAGACAUUAUGAAAUUCGUGUUUCAGGUGACAUUGGAAAAUUGGUUUCAUUGUCAAAUGGUGCAAAAUAUUUUGUUGGGAGAAAUAUUAAUAAUAGUUUCUCGAAAUUGUCGUAUGAAGUUACUUACUCCUACUGCUGUUCAAUCGGAAUGAGGCUUUUAGAAGUUGAAAAUAUUACUGAGCUUGAAGAGUUGUUGCUACUUGAUCCAACUUUGCGACCUGAAAUUUGGACUACGGUUGGUCCAAUCAAGGAGAAUGAAAACGGAGAUUUAUCCUUCUGGUGUUCCUCUGGCGCAAAAAUACCAGAAACACUUUUUCCAAUGAAGAAAACUCCUACAGAUCCUUGCUUCAAAACGAGCAAAUGUUUGUUUCUGCAACUGAUGUCUGGAAAUAUGGCUCCAGAAAAUUCUUUGCAUUAUAGCGAUUGCGAAACAACUGAUGUUCAAUUUUUCUUGUGCAACAAAUAAUUUUGCGACUAACUUUGAAAUAUUACCUUGGAACUUGGAACAUUAUUGCCUUCAGAAUAAAUUUUAACAUAAAUAAUUUGUAAAUUUAAAUUAGAUUGGAUUGGGACUGAAUAACAGAA